AUGGCGCCCCGGAAACAGCCCAAAACAUGCCAACACAAAUCCAUCGUCGUCGACGCCUCAGCCUACGGCCGCUCCAGGGCAGGGUUCCUCCGCGUACCCGUUGAGAAACGUGUCGCGGCGACGACGAGGUCUGGGAGGGUUAUCCCGGUUGCCGAUGCCGAUGCUGGUACCUCCAAUCCCGACCCCAACUCCAACCCCGGCCGCAGCGCCGGCUACGGCUCCGGCUCCGGAUCUGACGUCCCCGCACCGCCUGACCCCUCCACUUUUCCCGGCCCGCUUGUCCUCCCCGACGACGACCUCGCGCUGGAACCGCGGUAUCCGCCGCAGAGUUUGCGGGCGUGGGCUUCCGGGGAGUGGAGGAAUCGGAUUACAGGAGGGAGGAAGACUUUGUAUGUUGCCGAUUUUCCGGGUGUCGAGGGGGAUGUUGGGUUCAUGAGGGAGUGGGAGGUUCCUGUUUUGGAGGGCCGUACGGCGGAUAGCUUGGAGCAGCCGAAGGUGGAGGAUGUGGUCUCGUAUUUUGAGGCGUUUUAUCAUCCUCUUCCGGUGAUGGUUCUUCCUACUGCGUUUAGGUUUGUCAAGUGGGCUGAUGAGGGCGUUCCUCGGGGGAAGGCGAAGGAGAAGAAGGCCUUCAUGAUUGGUCUCGCAACAGGAUCUUCCGUCGUCGGAAUCAGAUGUCGCCCGUCACCCGACGACUUCGCCAAAUACCAACUCAACCUCAACGACCUCCUCGACGCCCUCUCAGGGGUUCUCCCGGGCGACGCGUAUGCCGCGUGUAUGCUUAUCGCGCAGGAUCUAUACGAAGACGAAGAUGAUGACUUCUGUUGUGGGCGGGCGUUUGGAGGGAGUAGGAUUUGUACUGCGGAAUCGCGCUUUGAGGCCCUGAACGCAAUUGCACUCUUGCGCAACCUGGCAGCACCUUCCUUCCUCCCCCUCGAUGGCUUUACCACUCUGACAUUACGAAACAUGACCCCACUCGAGAUCAUCGGCCUCGUCAGUGCCAUCAUAACCUUCAUCGACUUUGCGGCCGAGAAUGUCGGCGUGGCACGGGAGAUUGGGCGGACCGGGUCCGCGACGUUCAAAGACAAUGCUGAUUUGGGGCGUCGAGUCAAACUUAUCGAGGAGCACGUCGCGGGUCUCAAUACGAAGGGUAUUGGUGCGCCAAGGGAUACAAAUGAGGCCCAGCUGCUAGAUCUUGUUGAGGAGUACAAGAGCCUCACAGUUCAGCUGAUGACCCUCCUAGCUGGGCUGAAGUCGACCAAAAAGCGCCACAUUCUAUCAAAGAUGGUCAAGGAUUUCCGGAAAAAGGAUGAAAAAGAAACACUCCAGAAAGAGUUAGAUGAUUGUAGAUCCAGGAUCCAUUUGCAGCUCACUCAACUAACGAGAUCGGAAUUGAGUCGCCGUCUCGAUGAGAUUUCGGCCCAAGGACACAUCAACGCGACUAAAAUGCAGCAUUUGGGCAAGAAUAUCAAGGAACUGCAAUCCAACAUCGAGCUGUGGAAACACGUCCCGGGCUUGAUGGAAAAUGCCAAUGAUAUUCUGUCCCGCUCGAAGGAGGCUGUCGAAAGCAAUGCCCAGCGCUUGAUCUUGGAGAAGCUCUACGUUGGCGACAUGACGAGGAGGUUCGAUGAGAUUGAACGCGCUCAUGAAAAGACAUUCUCCUGGCUUUUGGACUCGUGCACACCGUCCACAAGCGAUUUCGAUUCGAGCGAUGCUUCCGAGUCCAGCUAUAGCGAUGGCUUAGGCUAUGUGUCUCGAGGAGACAAUGAGUCGCCCAACGAAGGCGGCCAGAACUCCGAUCCAUUUGAGGUACCGGGUUCUGGUGCAACAUCAGACGCCUCUUCCUACGAGGAAUCGAAUUAUCAGUCACACGUAUCCUUGAGAAGAACUGCUCAAGAGCUUCGAGCACAAGAAAGCCUAACAGACUGGUUAGGUCGUGGAGGAGGCAUCUUCCAUAUCUCUGGCAAACCUGGUGCAGGAAAAUCGACACUUAUGAAGUACCUCUGCCAAAGUACAGCUACGGAAUCCUAUCUCAAAGACUGGGCUGGAGAAAAGACGCUGAUUUUGGCAAACUUCUUCUUCUGGAAGCUUGGGUCCACAGCUCAAAAGUCAUUAGAUGGACUACUUCGGGCGCUUUUAUACUCUAUUCUGGAGCAAGCCCCCGCCCUGCUCGAGACCGUGUUUCCAAAGCAAUGGAGUAAAGCUUCUCAAGGUAAAGCGUUCUCAAUCCAGAGCUCCGAGAUUGAGUUUGCCUUCUCUCAUCUUUUGCAACACACGGCGUUCUUUUUCUCACACAAGAUUGCAAUCUUCAUCGACGGCCUAGAUGAAUUUGAUGGAGACCAUGACAAGAUGAUAAAGAUGCUUCGAAAUUGGUCUAGGAGUGUCCCAGAAGAUAUAAAGCUGUGCGUUUCAAGCCGUGAAUGGGAGGUCUUUCGCCAGAGGCUAGUCAACUACCCUGGAAUUCGCCUGCAAGACAUCACGAGCCGAGACAUCGAAGCGUACAUCAACAGCGAAUUAUCCGACAAUGAAGAAUUCAGAUCAUAUUCUUCGGAGAACCCAAGAGUUGAACAUCUCAUAGAUCAGAUCAAGGACAAAGCCGAAGGCGUGUUUCUCUGGGUGAAGAUUACACUGAAAGGUAUUAAGUGGGGUCUUCUUUCUGGGGAACGAGUGGAAGGUCUCGAGGCAAGACUCGAAGCUUUGCCUACAGGUCUUGAAGAACUCUUCGCGUCAAUUCUGGCAUCCAUAAGAACCGGGACUCACACCAACAAGAAGGAUAGAUUGAGGGCGAUGCGAACGAUUCUCCUCGCAGCGGAGAAGGAGAAGAGACCCCGUACGAGACGACUAAACUCACCCCUACGUCUAACAGAACUUGCAUUCCUAGACGAUUAUGAGAAGGAUCCCAACUUCGUUUUCAGCUUUCCAACCACAAAAGACGCCACUGGAACUUGGGUCUCAAGACAAGAUAGGGCUAGGCGGUUGGUCUACCAACGUUGCAUGGGCCUUCUUGAGGUACAAUCUCCUAGAGGUGAUGAUCGACCACGAUUGAUGAGGGGUGUAUGUGGCUUCUUUUUGGGGUUUACACAGGCUUCUGAGCAAAUCACAUCGCGGGACGAGAACAAGUACAAAAUAAACGAAAAUCUCAAUAGCGAGAUCAAGAGCAGCCUGCAGAACGGAACUGCACGAAUCCAUCGAGAAGACCAUCUCGAGAUCAUCGACAAGGCGGACAGUGCAUUUCUGCAUAAUCAUGCGUGGUACAACAACCCUGGCAAGCUUAAUGAUGAACACCCUUCCAGCGAACUGGUUGUGUGCACACAUCGAUCCGUGUUUGAGUUCUUGUCGCAGCCACACAUUAAAAGUCUCAUCGACGCCGAAGCCCAGUCCUUCGACUUGGCUGAUUUCCGACUCCAGGCUUUCUUGGCAUCUUUGAAACUAUUUCGUCCCUGCAAGUGGUUCAUCGCGAGAAGUAUGGUGGCUACGAUAAAGCAUUUUGUUUGGAUUUGCUUUGUAUUUCGCGAGUUGGCCCAAGAUCGGCUACUGACUUUCUGCGAAGAACUGAUCCGCAUUCUGAAAGUUCAAACCCCGACUCCAAGCAUCGGACCAUAUAUUAGUCGGACAGGACCGUUUCAACUCGAUCUAUCCGAACUACUUUACGCCAUAGAGACUGAUGGAAGCCUGGGUAUUGCUGUAUACGUCGAUCUUAUGGCAGACUCAUGGCCGAUCAGCUUGGAUAGUGGGUUUUACCAACUGGGACGUCGAAGCAAACGGGACAUGUAUUACAACAUGCUUCUGGACUUCUGCCUACCUGAGAUCUUUGAUUUUUUCUUCGAAAAGGACUCGACAAAGACAUCAUAUGAAAUGAGGACAUGCGAGUAUAUCUCCAAAUGUUUUGAAGCAGGGGCAGAUCCUAAUGGGCUAUCUCUACUCGCAACUCGAUCGAAGAUGAGUUUAACUUGCUGGCAAGCAUGGGUUAUUGUAUCCAUGGCCAACAAAGUCCUUUUCAAAUCAUGGGUGCCCUACCUCAGGCUUUUUUUACUCCAUGGUGCGGACCCCAUCGUUUGGGUCCACUUCGAGAUCGAUAGAAUAUUCCUCUGGUGGCAUGAUGCGUCCCAGUGGCACGAAGCUAGCAGUUCCUACGGCAUGAAGGAUGAAAACCAUUUUCUUGAUGACUUGUCAAGGAUCUGGUCUGAAACCAAGCAUGCCAACACAUAUGCAGAAAGCGGCGCAAAGGGUUUUGAUGUGUUACUUCGGGAUUUUCUUCCAAUUUGGCUCCAAGAAGACGGUGCGGAGCUGCAGAAACUCUGUGACCGUAAUCAAGGAUCAAAACCUAUCUUGCGGCCACCUCCUUUUCAGAUAGAAGAUAAACUGGAACGAGGCAUGGAGUUUUUAUCGUCACGCGAUGAAGCCCAGCUCCACUUCACCGCAAGCGAUUCUGCCCGAAUCGAUAAAGUGACAGUUGGCGCUGCGAUCUUGCGACAUGACACUCCGACCCCCAGCAUUCUUCUCCUCAAACGCGACUCCCACGAGAAACACUACCCGGACGUUUUCGAGAUACCCGGAGGAAAGGUCGACGCAGCGGACUCAACUAUUCGUGACGCUAUCGUACGCGAGGUUGCCGAAGAGACGCAAAUGAAGGUGUUAGACAUUACCACUCCGUUGUCCCGCAUAAGAUACACCACUGAGAAGAUCGAGGGAACGUCGACAGGGCAAGAGAAGAUCGUGAAGCGCCAUGCUCUCCAGCUGAGCUACGUAGGUACUGUCGAAGGAACUGAGUUCCAAGCUGAGAAGGAGGAGCACUCGAUGGGAAUUUGGGCCACCCGCGACAGUCUCGAUCAGAUUCCCAUCACCUCGGACAUGAGAAAGGUAAUGUUGAAGCUCUGGAUGUCACAGAGGGCCGGUGAACUGCAUCUGAGUGAUGAGAAGGGCAUCUGCCGGCCAGAGGAAACGAUGGAUUCACGAACUUUUGAAGCCGAGUUCCAGGUGAUUUGCAGCACUUGA